CGGGCGGGAUAUUUUCUUGUGAAGUCCGCGGUCACACUGAGCAUCAUUCAAAAAAAAUUGAGCGUCGUCAAAAAUUUAAUUUAAUUCGUCCUAUGUGUGGUGUUUAGUUUUUCGUUUAUUUUGUAGUGCGUGUAUUUAGCUAAAAUGGAUAUCCGAGGCUGGAAGAGGGUUAUAUUUGCAUGGGUAAAGAAAUGCGGUUUCGUGGACGAAAAUGUUUUGACCCUCGAACAAUCCGAUAUAAAUAUAUUUUUCCAUCGUUAUCUGGAGUAUGAUGACAUGGAAAUCCCUUUAGACAUGGACUCGACGCGCCAUGCCAAACCGUUGUAUAAAUUUAUAAAAGUUGUUUAUCCAAACUUUUAUAUCAGCAUGGAUAGAAGUGGCAACCUGAAUCGCGUCGACUAUGUAAUGGCCUAUACACUGAUGCUGCACUAUGCGUGCGUCAUCAAAAAGAGUGAAAAAUAUCAACACAAAUGCACCGAACUCUCGGAGCCCAUGCAAAGGGCGAUAGCAUCGUUUUUGAAACGUGUCGUUCACAAUGAAAAGAUAACGCGUGAAUGUCUGCGCGAGGCCUUAAAAGUAACUAUACAAUUUCUUGAGCCCGACACGCCACCACCAACGUUUGUGCAUCCGCGUUCUUUCAUUGUCUCGCAGGAUACGAGAAUGAACAGCCCCAGCACUGUCGGCCGCGCUCCCAACAGUCCGGGCACACCGGUCACACCCGAUACAGCAAGUCCACAGACACCGACAGAGACGCCGUCGCACACGAGCGGCCACUCACCGCUACCGAUUUGUAGCACGCCAAUGCGCGAGCGUGGGCGCAUCACGGAGGCGGAAUGGCGUCAAGUGCGUGAAAGAUUGACAACAACGGAGAUCAAAUUGGCAGAAACGGAGAACAAAUUGGCAGAAACGGAGACCAAAUUGACAUCGACUGAACAGAUAUUGUGCACGACAACGGCCGAGUACACCAUCUUGGAUGAUUUGGUGCAGGAGCUGGGCCAAAAGGAAACUAAAGUCAGAAAUGAAAAUAAAGAGCUCGUAGCCGAAAUUGGGUUGCUGAAGGAGAAGGUGCGAAUAUUCGAGGAGCAUGCCAACGAUGAAGAUGCCGAGGGGCAGAACUAUUACGAGCAUUCUAAGCUGUGUUAUUUGAAGGAUUUGGCAGCCAAAGAUAAAGAAAUAGCAGAAGCACGCGAAAGUAUGCAGGAUGCCAUCAAUGAGUGUGCAAAGGAGAACACUAGGGUGCGCGUACUGGAAGAACAGCUGAAGAUAUGCUUCGAUCAGAUCAGUCAGCUGGACCUGAAGGUUAAGGAACAGACUGAAAACCUGAUGAAAAAAGAUGCGGUGAUUACCUGCCUGGAGCGUGACAAGCAGGACUUGACCCAGUGCCUGAAUGUACAGCGGCAAGAGUCGCAGGGCCGUCGUGAGGUGCUAAAUGCCUCAUCGGAUAUGCUGGACACAUCGCUAUCGCCGGGCAGCAUGCCCGAAAAUCUCGCCAGCGCUGUAAUCGAAAAGCAAUUGCGCGAAAAAGAUCAGGAGAUAUGCCAGAUGAAAGAGAACUCCGAGACACUGCGGACGAACAUCUGCCAAAUGCUCAAACUGAAAGUAAAUCUCGAACAGGAUCAGAGUCAGCUGCUGAAGGACAUUAGUGAUGCGAUUUUCGCAGGCAGACAGAUGGACACCAAAAACCAGUCAGAGAAACUGCUCAAAGAGCUCAAGGCCCUACGCGCAAAGCUGAACAGGGAGAAGGCCACCAUGGAACAGAUGCAGCAGCUGCACGACAGAGAAUACACGAAAGUCCAAGGAGAAAAUUUGAAUAAGGAGCAUAUUGUCUUGGAGAAGCAGUGGAGUCGCAUUAAUGGAGCGGAAACUAUGCUCGAAAUUCUGGCUUCAGCCAAAGAAACGGAUCCCGAGGUGGCUGAGCAGGAUCUCAAACAACUGGAAGAGUUGCACAAUCAGCUGGAAAUACUCGAAAAUGAAUUAUCUAUGAUGACAAUUACAAAACUAAAUACUCUCCACGAUACCCUCAACAGUGUGGAGGAUCACAGGGCGGAGUUGGAGAAGGCUUUGGCUCAGAAUGUGGAAAAACUCGAAAAGCUAGAGGUUGCCCAUGAGCAGCUGUCCAAGGAGUAUCUGGAGGCAUCGAAGAGGCACAAGCAGGAGCUGGAUGCUAAGGAUGCCCACGAACUCGAACCGAACGAAUUGGAAACUAAAUGCAAUAUUGUGAUGCUAAAGCGGAUUAAAGAAGAAGCGGUCGCUUCCGAGCACGCGGAAAAAUUAGCCGACAUGCUGCGACGUUCUGAUCAGAUCGAAAGGAGGACGGCAACGCAGGACGACGCUACGGCACAACACAUGCAGAUGCAGAUGCAGAUGCAGAAUUGCAUGCGAAAAAUGUAG